AUGAGCACGCUGAUGGUCCAAGGAACGUCCUCCGGCGCCGGCAAGACGACCAUGGUGGCUGCACUGUGCAGGAUCUUCGCAGACAGGGGCUACUCGGUGGCACCGUUCAAGUCACAGAACAUGUCAAGGUACGCCUACACCACAGACAAGUUUGAGAUUGCCGUAGCCCAGGCGGUCCAGGCAGUGGCCGCCCGGUGUGAGAUCAUGCCGGAUCUGAACCCGAUCCUCCUCAAACCGCUGGACGACUACCACAGCCAGGUGUACCUCCUGGGACGGAGCUACAAAAGGAUGCAUGCGGCAGACUACUACACCAAGUUUGCCCUGACAGGCGGCCUAGAGACGGCGCUCGGGUCGCUUGGGCGCCUGCAAAAAAAGCACGAUCUGGUCAUCAUUGAGGGCGCCGGCUCCCCCGCGGAGAUCAACGUGGCCGAGUGGGAUAUAGCAAACAUGAGGAUCGCUGGGCAUGCCGGAUCGCCUGUGCUGCUUGUAGCCGACAUAGAGAGGGGAGGCUCCUUUGCAAGCAUUGCAGGCACCAUGCUGUUGCUGGAGGACAGGUACCGGGAGCUUGUAAAGGGGUUUAUCUUCAACAAGUUCCGGGGGGACAUGGAGAUUCUGAAGCCGGGCUUUGAGAGGCUUGAGAGGGAGACCGGCAGGCCGGUUCUGGGUACGGUGCCCAUGCUGGACGUUGCCAUACCAGAAGAGGACUCAAUGGGCAGCCGGCCCGGCAGGAGCAUGAAGGAUCUCUCCCACAUAGAUGCGGAUCUUGACAGGCUGUCAGGUGCGGUGGAGAAGAGCUUGGACAUCGGGGCGAUCGAGGGGAUGAUAUCCUGGUAA